AUGGAGAAGAUUUCAAAUCAAACAACAACAAUUUCAGUUGGAUUCAAAAACAUGGCAUCUCUGAAAUUCUUGGCUAUCUUUGCUAUUCUUAUAAUCUGCUGUGCUAUGCUUGGAGCAGCACAAGAUGAUAUGGAUACAGUUGGAGUUCGUGUGAAACGUCAAUGGGGAGGAUGGGGCGGACGUGGUAUGUAUGGAGGAGGUUGGGGACGCCCAUAUGGAGGAUACGGUGGAUGGGGAGGACGUGGAUACGGAGGAUGGGGUGGACGUGGAAUGGGAGGAUGGGGAUGGGGACGUUAA